UGCAGCACCGUCAACACCCCUACUUCCCGCGGCUAUGUAUGGAAGUUAGCCAACAAUUUACCACUGAUUUAUGGAUGGCUCUACGACUUGGGUGUCGCUCCUGUCCCCAGUUAAAAUAGACAACUGGCGUGAACAAUGGCUUCAGUUGGAGAAUGCAUAUGCAUUUGAUGAAUCAGUUAUUGCAAAGGACAAGGAGUCGGAAGAAUUAGCGCAUCAAUACACUGAAGAAGAGAACACGAGUGAGAAGUUAGGUUACUGCCGCGUCUCUUCGGUGCAAUCCAUAAUAAGAAGCUAUGGCACUAGACUGUACAUCGCUGACAAAACUAACCCUUGUUUUAUGUGUGGCAGCAGCCUGUGGCUUUCCCCCAGUGAGCGGCUGCAGCGGUGCCUACGAGAGGGCCAUCUCUGACUUCUGUAUGACCAAGUUCACUCUGGACAUGGAGGCCCUGGACCAGAGCCUGUGGUGCAGCUGGUCCGACACUUUUCAGCCUUACGAGGAACUGACCAACUGCACCUUUUUCAUGGCACUCAAAAUGCACUGCUUCUGGCCCAACCGGCUGAUAGACGAACUCUUCAUACGCCUCCACUGGGACUACUUUCACGACUGCGCUCUGACCGGCAGGCUGCUUCGGGACCCUCCUAUACGUAUCUUGGGGCCUUUCAUUGGAGUGCCUGUGCUGGUCACUCUGCUCAUGACUGCCCUAGUGGUGUGGAGCGGUAAAUGUUGCUAGGGAAUCGUGUAACUGUCUCAUCCUGGGUGAAGGUGCCCCUGGGUACAGAUUACAGAUCUAGGAUCAGUUUGCCCUGCCAAAAUUCUAAACUGAAUCAUUAGCGGAGGAAAAGCAAAACUGACCCGAGGCCAGCUUCUAGGGAUCAACCUGACCUCUUGGAGAACGAACUCCAACUUAUCCGAUAGGGGAGACAUGAUGGAGGGGACACUGAACUGGGACAAACGACAAGCAGAGAUACCCAACAGCAUACUAAGAUUGUAAUCUUUCUGUGAUGUUUGUUGUUUGAUGGACACUGGUAGUAUGAGUUAAGGACCUCUCAGAAGCCUACUACUGAAACAAAGCAAAGGCUUUAGAUUGUACUGUGGCUCAUCGAUAACCCUAGAAAUUCCAAUUUAAAACAUGCAUUGUAUUAUUGUAAACCACCAAGUGGCCAACCAAGAGAGGGCUAAUGUGGUGUAGGGCAUGGAGGACAGAUAAUAAAUACCUCGUAUGAAUAUGAA